AUGAUUUCUGGAAUCGCACACAUCAACCUCACAGUCCCCGAGGGCACUCUGGACCAGGCCGCAGAGUUCUACGGCGCCACUCUCGGGCUACCGUCAGCACCAGUACCAGAGCUCCAAAAAGGCACAUUGCUAUGGUUCGACGUUGGUUCUAGCGGGCAGCAAGUGCACGUCUCAUUCGGUACCAAUGAAUCCGAUUCUAGACGACACCCAUGCUUCAAGCUGGAUUCCCGCGAAGACCUCGAGAAGAUCAAGACGCGGAUCUAUGAGCAUAGUGUAAGAGGCGGCCUUGGUGCACCAGUGGCUGCCGAUAAGCCCGGCGAGACGGACUCGGGUGCACAAGGAAAAGAGUACCCCACGCGGUUCUUCGCACGAGACUAUGCGGGGAACAGACUUGAGUUCAGCAUGUAA